UAGCAAUACGAGAAAGAUGACGGCAUGUUAGUCUCUUCUCUCGCACCUCUCCUCUGUUCAAUUCAACUUGCCUUCUCUGCAAAGGCGAGGAUUCAUUUUCAGCUGCCAUUACAGUGCUAGAGAGAGAAAAAUUAAAGCAAAAGAGAUAAAGAAACGAACAAACUAGAAGUAGUGAAAAAGAAGAAGAAAAAAAACACCCAGUACUUCCUUUAUUCUCAACCCUUCUUCUCUUCCUCUGUUCCCAAUUCCUCCUCUGCUCAAACAACUUCAACCAUUUGACUCGAUUCGGUUUCUUUCUUCUCUUACUCAUGGUUGUUUUUCCAACCAAAUUGUUUCUUUCCUCAUAUUAGCCUCUGAAUAACAUGUCUUGGAAAAGUAAGGCCGAUCAUCAUUCUUCAAGAAGUGUUAUAUCCCAGAAAUGGACUCUGUUUCUUUGCUUGGUAUGCUUUUGCUCUGGAAUGCUCUUCACCAACAGGAUGUGGACCAUUCCUGAACAUAAAGGCAUGGCACGAACAACGUCCAUAGAAGCUGAAGAAUUGAAAUUAGUUUCAGGGGGUUGUGACCUAAAAACUUUACAACAGAAUCAAGUCAAUUUUUCAUCUAAAGACAUUUUUGGCAAGGUUUUUAAGACACAUAACGCUAUACACACAUUAGAUAAGACAAUUUCUAAUUUAGGGAUGGAAUUAGCUGCUGCCAAGUCAGUACAAGAAUCAGUUCAAAGAAGUUCACCUUUAUCAGAAGAUUUAAAGCAGACAGAUACAUCUGGAAGAAGAAAGUAUUUAAUGGUUAUAGGAAUCAAUACUGCCUUUAGCAGCAGGAAAAGAAGAGAUUCUGUUCGGGCUACCUGGAUGCCUCAAGGUGAAAAAAGAAAGAAGUUGGAGGAAGAGAAGGGCAUCAUAAUUCGCUUUGUGAUUGGCCAUAGUGCCACAUCAGGAGGUAUUCUUGACAGAGCAAUUGAAGCAGAAGAUAAAAAGCAUGGAGAUCUCCUUAGGCUGGAUCAUGUUGAAGGUUACCUGGAAUUAUCAGCAAAAACGAAGACAUACUUUGUUACAGCUGUUUCUCUAUGGGAUGCGGACUUUUACGUGAAAGUCGAUGACGAUGUUCAUGUAAACAUUGGAACACUUGGUGAGACAUUAGCCAGACAUCGAUCCAAGCCACGAGUUUACAUUGGAUGCAUGAAAUCUGGCCCCGUCCUUUCGCAAAGGGGAGUGAGAUACCACGAGCCAGAACAUUGGAAAUUUGGAGAAGCUGGAAAUAAGUACUUCCGUCAUGCAACAGGACAACUAUACGCCAUCUCAAAUGAUUUGGCUACUUACAUUUCAAUAAACCAGCAUAUUUUACACAAGUACGCUAAUGAGGAUGUCUCCUUGGGUUCCUGGAUUAUUGGACUUGACGUCGAACAUAUCGAUGAUCGGCGACUCUGCUGUGGUACUCCACCUGAUUGCGAGUGGAAGGCUCAGGCAGGGAACAUUUGCAUUGCUUCAUUCGAUUGGAGUUGCAGUGGGAUAUGCAAGUCUGCUGAAAGGAUUAAAGAAGUCCAUCGACGGUGUGGAGAAGGCGAGAAUGUACUAUGGAGUGCCACUUUCUGAGUUACUGCUUGAGACUUCUUCCAUACUUGGGAACAAUGAUGAUGAGUUUAUUCACUGUUAUCUUUGAUAGAAGCUUUCUAAUCUUGUAACGAUACAGAGAUUUAACAAAUAGAGAGAGAGUUUGCUGCAUGAUCCGCCUCCAAUUUUGCUAAGGGUCGAGUGAAUCAGCAACUUCAAAAGAAAAAAAGCACACAAAUUCUUUGUGGCUAUGAGGGCAAUGUGUAAGUUAAUAGUUCCCUACUGCCAUGAAAGACGUGAAGAUAAAUACAUAUUCCAUGGCGUUUCUUGAUCCCUACCUCUUUUUUAUUGUGAGAAAGAAUACACGUUGACAGAAUUCUUGACAUUUCA